AUUGAGCCUAGGAAAAUGCAUGAAGUGACAACAACAACAACAAUAACCACAAUAUUUAAAACAAAGUAAACAACAACGUAAACAAAAGAUUGCAAUUGAAUACAAUUUCAAAUUUUUAUUGAUGUGCGGAAGUUGAAGUAUUUGUGCGUCGCAAUGAAAUUUAGAACAAAUUAUUUUUUAAUAUUGGCAUUUUAUUUUUUACAAAUAAAUGCGGCAUAUAAGCCUGUUGUGAUAUUACAUGGAAUUUUGUCUGGUGCAGAGUCCAUGGUUAUAUUAGUACGCGAAAUUGAGGAGCGUCAUCCCGGUACUAAAGUGUAUAAUUGCGAUAAGUUUAGUGGUUGGUCCAGUUUGGAGAGUGCUUGGAGACAGGUGGAAGAAGUAAGAGAUUACAUUGACACAAUUGGUAAAAUACAUCCGGAAGGCAUAAUAGUUUUAGGAUAUUCUCAAGGAGGUUUGCUGGCACGAGCUGCUAUACAAUCGUUACCCAAUCAUAAUGUUAAAACAUUUAUAUCGUUGUCUUCACCGCAAGCUGGACAAUUUGGAACUAGUUUUUUGCACUUGAUCUUUCCUGACUUAGUAGCGAAAACUGCUUAUGAAUUAUUUUACUCUAAAGUAGGACAACAUACAUCAGUUGGCAAUUACUGGAAUGAUCCUCACAAAUAUGAUAUGUAUUUAGAAUACAGCGUCUUUUUACCAAUAAUAAAUAAUGAAAUCAAAAAUUCAAAUUCAACUGAUUUUAAAAGUGCUCUUAUUCGUCUUGACCAAAUGAUUUUAAUUGGUGGCCCAAACGAUGGUGUUAUUACGCCAUGGGAAUCGAGUCAUUUUGCUUAUUACAAUGGCUCUUUAGAUGUCAUACCAUUAAGCCAGCGUGAAAUAUACACAACCGAUGCUAUUGGACUGAAAACGCUUAAGGAAAAUGAUAAAUUAAAAAUUAUAGUUAAACCAUUUGUACAUCAUUUAACUUGGCAUACUAAUAGACAUGUUAUUAGAGAAGUUAUCCUACCAUAUUUAAAUUAAGUUGACUUUAAGCUCUCUUUGCGAACAAAAAUUACAUAAACAAAGUAUAAGGCUAUACUCUAAAUACAAGACUUUGGGUUAUCGUUAAGUAAAUAUUUAUUAUGUAAAACAAGUACAUAGUUAUAUAAAUAUUU